CCUUCCCUCUCGAGGAAUUGGAUGCUGCUGCUGUUGUUGCUUGAGCUUCUCCAUCUGCUCCAUACCUACUUGCUGCAUCUCUCCCGCUUCUUCUUACCUUUCCACAAACCUCCACUGCGGCCACUCUCAAUCAGGUCACCUGCUACUUCUUUCUACCCACUUUCCGCCCAACCCUGACCUAUCCCGUCUUGUCCUGUCUCUUGUCUCCUGUCUAGGAAAAGAGAGAGAGAGAGAGAUACCGGUAGAGACAGGCGAUCCUGCGAGGCGCUUGGCCUGUCACCGUUACCUUACCUACCUUACCUUACCUUAGAUCCAUACUCAAAUUCAACCUUUCUUCAUCCAUACUCAUACCUCUUUACUCUUAUCGCACCCGCGCAUAUCAUUCCCGAUCGAGUUCAGUUUCACAUUGGGCUGGCCUACCUUAUAACUUACUUGCCCUGAUCGGUUACAUCAAUCCGAGGCACUUCUUACAUUCCCCUUGCUCUCAACUCUUUGCCUUAUACAUCCCACUUCCCCCCUCCUGCAUUGCGCUCCCGCCAUACGUCAAGUGAGCCAACAAGGUACUUCUCUGCGCCGUACUAGCCGUCGACCUGCAGAAGAAGUCCAUCUCUGUCGCAACACCGAGGCGACCGCGGUGAAGGGUGUGCGCCCAACCUAUUCUGACCCUCAUGCUUUCCAUGCCGUCGCUAGUCACCGUCAAUAACAACGUUUCCCUGCUGAGCAUUACAAUCGCUCCAAGCACAUACGUAGCAACGCUGACCUUGUCCUUUGUCUUCGUCUACCUAUACAUCGUUCAGAUCUCGUGGAAGCCGACACUGCUACCAAACGUUAGCUACUUUAAGCGCACAAGUCGAACUACCAAAACCGCAGAAGCCGCAGUCGAGGCGCCUUCCCUCCCACCACCACCACCCACUUACAAGGCCUUACCCGCACCACCCGCCCCCGAGGCCAGCGGCGCACUCGUCCGUCGCAGCAACCGCCACUCUUCUCAACAUUACCAGCACGAAUAUGAUGAUGGCUACGAAACAUUCGACGACGUUCGAUCCUCUCGAUCAUUUAGACGCCUCCUUGGGCGACUUCGAGCCGACGACCCCGCCACCGGGCAGGAGGGGUCCUCAGGGCGUGAACUUGUUCGGGCACCCGUCGCAUCACUCGAGCUUCCGGUCAGACGACGCGGAGAGCGACCUGGGCCCGGACCCCGAAAACUCAGUCUCCGUCGGUGGUUACAGUCCUCCGGCUUGGCGCCGCCUCGGAAACGGGAGUCGCGACAGCGGCUUCUGGCGGCGGAGUGAUGACCUGCUAGGCGCAUUCUCUCCCCAGCUCCACGGACACCACCAAGGCUUUGGCGGAUUCAAGUCGAGGGAGUCAAGCCCCGAGUACGAUAGCGAUGGCGACGAGGGCGAGUCGGUGCUGCGCAGAGCUAUGCGCACAAGGUUGCCGACGGGGAGCAUGAGUCCCGAUAAGGCCCGGUCGCCCAGCCCCGAGCCCAAGAUGGAGGAUAGGACGAUCAAGUUGGAGGAUAUUCCGUGGAAAGAAACAAGCCCUUCAGAGGGAACAUUGAAUCAAGACAAUUAUAUCAGAUUCGCGUUGCGCGCAGAAGUACAGCAGCGUACGGAACCUAUCGAAGCCCUUGUUCAUUUCUUCCGCUCAAAAUGGCGAUUCUUGACUCACUCGUGGUCUUCCACAAUCCUAUCUAUCCUCGUUGCCGUGCUCGCCAUAACGGCGACGCGCAACCUUUUCCAGCCCGCUGCGCAGCAGCCGGUCCCCGACCUCGUCAAGGUCGCGGGCAUCGCGCGGUCUUUCGAGCCGCUCAUUUACUUUUCUGAGAAUGGUGCAUCUCAGGUUGGCGAUCUGCAAGCGACCGGCGUCGCUGUCUGGGACCUUGGCGAGAGCGUGCGCUCCAGUAACAUGACUUCUGCGCCCAUCAUUGUCAAGGAGCUGGAUGACCUCAGUGAGAGCCUGAAGACUCUGGCUGUUGAGCUGACAAAGUUCUUUGCGAACGUUGAUGGCGACAUUGAUGGCAUCCUCAUAGUCAUGGAUUGGGCGCGCAGAGAACUCUCUCAGGUGCAACACCUCCCUUCAUCGCCUUUCACUGCCGCCUUUGACAACAUCCACAACCUCCUCUCUGAAGCUGGCGUUCUCGAAGACGGCUUCGGUAGCCCGACUCGCCUUGGAUCUUUGUCGAGAUACAUUUUUGGCAUGUCCAACCCGCAGCGCACGCGCCUCACGCUCCAGCGCACAUUCAAUGAGUUCCUCACCGUGCUCGAGGAUGCCAUCAACUCGGAGUUACAGCAUUCUCUUGCCUUGUUUGCGCUCUUCGAGGCCAUCGACCACCAAUUCCUCAAUCUCGCGCGCACAGUUGUCCGUGAGGCAUCCGCUCAGGAUGACCUGCACGCCGACUCGUUGUCGUCACUCUGGACGCGCAUCCUAGGCGCCAACGCCGCCGAGGUGGCCAAAUAUGAGCGCAACCGUCUUCUGCUACAGAACGUGAGGGAGAAGACAGUGCGGAACAAGAGCAUCUUAGUCGAGCACAACGGCAAGCUUAUGGCCCUCAAGGCCAAUCUCGAAAACCUGCGACGCAAGCUCGUCAGCCCGCUCGUCAGGUCUGUCAACUCGAGCACAUUAACGCUCGAGGACCAGAUACGCGGGCUGGAGGACGUCGGCGGCUACCUCGAGGGUGUCCGGACGCGGCAGAAGGGCAAGUUGAUGGAGAUGCUGUACGGGAGUGUCGGCAAUAGUCGGCGGCUCAUUGAGGAGCGGACGUAUGGCCGUACAGCAUGAGUUGACGAAACUGGGAUUUAGAGAAAAAAUCAUUUGGGUCCUGGAUUCAUCGUCUCCUUGUUGGUCGUUUGCCCUUGUAUACUGCAUCAUGGCGUAUUCGGAUACUUAGAGGAAACCUCACCCGGACGGCGUUUCUUGCUAAACUGGGGAUAGACUUUUGCCGUCGAAGCGAGUGAAGGAGACAAAUGAUGUCCCUCGCGCAUUUUCACAUUGGAGUUGAGGAUGGAGGAAUAUGGGGGAUCGUCUACUGCAUGGGUACUUAUUCCCGGAGCACAUACAUUUGGUGUUCAUAAGCUGACAGAUGUCAGUUGGCGUACAGUGGCGACUCGUCUUCUCAGAGUGUGGGAGUAGCCUGUGCUUCACAACCGCCUUGCACGGGAGACACGGAGGGAGGAACUUUUUUCGGUGAUGGACAUGGAUUAUGGGAGAGGGCGUUUCGGGAACUAGUAACCUGUAGGACCAACCGCAUGUAAAGACUUUGGGAAAGGGCGUAUUUUGGGAUUUGAGGGUUUCAUUGAGGAGG